UCUAAAAACGUACCUCUCUUCCAGUCUCCACGCAUCUGCCCUUUCCCUCUUGAUUCGGUUCCUACUUUCCCCCCUUCCUCUCGGUGAAAAAUUAUUCAACGAAACUCGAUAACAUGGGUGUGGAUUACUACAACAUACUGAAGGUGAAUCACAACGCGACGGAUGAUGAUCUGAAGAAAGCUUACAAGCGUCUGGCCAUGAUCUGGCAUCCCGACAAGAACCCUUCCGCUAGGCGUGACGAAGCGGAGGCCAAAUUCAAGCGGAUCUCCGAGGCCUACGACGUCCUCUCCGACCCUCAGAAGCGCCAGAUCUACGAUCUUUACGGCGAGGAAGGCCUCAAAUCUGGCAAAUUCCCCAAUUCGCACGACCCUUCCUCUUCCUCUUCCUCUUCCUCGCGACCGCCGCAGCAGUUUUACCACCAGCACAGGCAGCAUCCGCCUAACGCGGCGUCGUUCCGUUUCAACCCUAGAGACGCGGAGGAUAUCUACGCCGAGAUCUUUGGAUCUGAAGGCGGUGAAGGAGCAAGAGGAGGGCAUAGAACGUUUAGGGAUGCGAGUUUCAGGAACGGUCAUAGCAGUGAGCUUAGGAAAGCUCCGGCCGUUGAGAAUCCGUUGCCUUGUAGUUUGGAGGAUCUUUGCAAAGGUGUGAAGAAGAAGAUGAGGUUGUCUCGAAAUGUUUACGAUGCCUCUGGUAGAAUGAGGGUGGUUGAGGAGAUACUGCCCAUAGAAAUAAAACCCGGGUGGAAGAGAGGCACAAAGCUCACUUUCCCUAAGAAAGGCAACGAAGAGCCUGGUAUCAUACCAGCAGACAUCAUCUUCGUGGUUGAAGAGAAGCCGCAUCCUGUUUACAAGCGAGACGGCAACGACCUUUUGGUCAACCAGGAGAUCACUCUACUCGAAGCGCUAACAGGUAAGACCAUCGACCUGACGACGCUUGAUGGAAGGACUCUCGUGAUCCCGCUAACCGAUAUCAUCAACCCCGAUCACGAGGUUGUUGUUCCCAACGAAGGAAUGCCUAUCUCUAAAGAGCCUGGCAGGAAAGGUAACUUGAGAUUGAAGCUUAACGUGAGGUAUCCGUCGAAGCUUUCAGCGGAACAGAAGUCCGAGCUGAAGAGAGUUCUUGGUGGGGUUUCAUGAAAGAAGAAGUCAGCUGAUGAAUGUAGAUAGCAAAAGUAGAGGAGAUGAUGUUAGAUUGUGAAUUUCUAGGAUGGAUUCUUCUUCUAAGUGGGGGCUUUGGAUUUGAAAGCCGAAGAACAAACACACGCUUUGCUUCAAUUUCUCUUGUUUGGUAUUAGACUGUUCCUUUUUUCCCUUUUCUUGUUAAAUUUAUUUAUUUGAUUUGGUUUGAAAGCCUUUAUGUGAGUAUACACUCUAAACAUUGAGGUAGGUGUGCUUUGUUACCUAUUUAUCUUACUAAUAAGAAUCAUUUGUUGGUAUCUUCA